GUGUGUAUUUAAACAUGCACCUCUAUGGCUGCGUGGGAGAAGAGGAAGAGAAUGAGAUGAGUUAAUGGGAUGGAUAGUGGUGUCUGUGUGUGUGUGUGUGUGUGUGUGUGUGUGUGUGUGUGUGUGUGUGUGUGUGUGCGCGCGCGUGUGUGUGUGUGUGUGUGUGUGUGUGUGUGUGUGUGUGUGUGCAUGCAUGCAUCAGGGGGUGGGUGCAUUAGUCCGUGUCAGACAGCAAAGAGUGCUGCAGUUAUCUAGGAAUCUGAGCCAAAGCGACCUCACCAACAGAGAGAGAGAGCAGAAGGAAGAGAAGAACCAGGAGUAAGGUGAACUGAGCAAAAAAAAAAAAGAAGAAGAUGAAAGACAAGUAGAAAAAGAAGACAGACGACGAUAACGCCAAAGAGCUGAAUAAAAAGAACAGGUCUGCAAACGCUUGCCACCUGAAUAGGCAGUUAUAGAGCUACAAAGCAAAGAGAAAGUUUGCUGAGAAUCCUCAACAACAGAAAAGAGAGAGGACAAAAACCUUGCAGCUCAGUGGAAGGAAGCUCUCCUCCUGGAGAAAAAACUUGGGACCAUUGCUCAAGAGUUUAAAAAAAAGCCUGUGUCUUUGAAUAUCCCCAUGAUAGCAUUUGGUUCUCUCGGCUUGUUCACUCUGCUGUCUCUGUAUGUGGGAGCUUUGCUGUCCUCAGAUGCUUCUCCGGCCUGCACAAGCCCUCCCUGCAGGGACACUCUGGUGGCUGUGCCCAUCCAGCCAGCAACGGGAGCAGGAGUCAGCACUGGUGCCUGUGAGGGUCAAACUGGGUCAUCAGCCUGCAGGAUGGGGUUCUCCCUCCCAGCUAUCUCCAAUGCACCUCAGAGGUUGGAGCACAGGCAUGAAUUUCCCCAGGUUCUGCCAAAGACUGGAGGUGUGAGAGAGCGUCUCGUUCAGCUGCAGCGCUGCAUGCGCUCCCUACAGGAAACAGGGGGCCCCUGGAGUUACGGGGGCCAGGACAGCAACUCUCUAGGGGCCAUCCUGGCUCUGAUGGCAGCUGUACUGACGGAGUGUGACCUCCACUGUCACAGCCAGACUCUUGGGGUGAUGGCCAAACGACUGGAGAGUGCAGCCGUGGGAAGAGAGGGGGAGAAAGAUCUGCUGCUUUUCCUGAAGAGCAUUACACAACAUCCACCCACAGUCCCCCCUCUGGAGAGGUUACAUCCACAGGACUGUGCAGAGAUUUACAAGCUCGGCAUCAAAGAAAAUGGCAUCUACACUAUCCAGCCGGACUUGCACCGACCAGCUUUGGAGGCUAAAUGUGACAUGGAGACAGUGGGUGGGGGAUGGACAGUGAUCCAGAAUCGGCAGGACGGCUCACUGGACUUCAACAAGACAUGGCAGGAAUACCGGGAGGGCUUUGGCAGUCCGCAGGGAGAGCUGUGGCUGGGAAACGCAGCACUUUACGCCCUCACCUCCAGUGGCCAACACCAAGUUCGCAUCGAGCUGGAGGACUGGCACCAGCAGAAGCGCCACGCCAACUACAACAACUUCAAAGUGGCCUCAGAGGCACAGAGGUAUCGUCUGACAGCGCGGGAGUACUCCGGUGAUGCAGGCAAUGCUUUGAGCUACAGCAAACGUUACAACCAUGAUGGCAGAUCUUUCAGUACUGCUGACCGAGACAACGACCGCUACGUAGCCGGGAACUGUGGUCAGUACUAUGGUGCAGGAUGGUGGUUUGAUGCAUGCCUGGCAGCAAACCUGAAUGGACGGUAUUACCCGGGGCGCUACAGUGGGGUGACCAACGGUAUCUACUGGGGUACAUGGUACAUCCUGACAGAUGGCCGAACAGGAGAGCGCUACUCCUUUAAGAGGGUGGAGAUGAAGACAAGACCCAGGAACUUUGCAGGAACAGCCUAAAGAUGAUGACCACAUGUCACAGCACCAUCCUCUAAAGUACAAUAACAGCAUGUCAGCUACAGCUUUUUCUUUGAAGGAUGUUUUACUCAAUGUAAGGUAGCUUUAAGUCAAUAACAUGCACAUGGCAGCUAAAGGAUUACAGAAUAAAAUAUAUUUUAAAAGAAUCAUAUCCAAGCACUCACUGGAACUCCAUACGACUCUGUAAUAUUCUCUGUUUAUUAAAGGGCUGUUCUUUUGCAAAACCAAAUUGAAACCAUUACUCAGAACAAUGACACAUAAUAGAUAAUACUGCUUGUUGAAGUUGUUGUUAUAAUACAUUUCCAGAAUAUUUGAUUUACUUUAUAAAAGAACAUUUGAUGAUAAAAAUGAAUAACCAGCAUGGGUGAGGCAUGUAGUCCAGGACCCGGACUCGAGUCCAACACCAGCUCUGACGUUCAGGACUUGUGACUUGUCUCUGACUCGUGCACUGGUGACAUCAACUUGGACUUCAUGAUUCAAAUUCCAGACACGCCAACAGGAUCAUCCAGAAUCCAAUAUUAACUUUUUCUACUCGUCCAAAUGGUCCCACAAAGUCAGCUGAGUUUCAUAGAGUGAAAUCCUCCUCAUAAAUCUAGCGAUCCAUCAGAGCUGCGUUCAACAUUUUAUUUUAGAUGCUUAAAGUUCAUCAUUCCUCUCUGGAGAGUUUCCUCUGCUUUGGCAACUUACA